GACAGUUGGCAGUACUGCUCAGCUUAGCCCAAAUUCUAAAUUCACUGCCACUGCCUUCAUUGCAGCAAACUUCAAGUGUCGAAUUUGACGUAAAUGAGACGCAGCCAACUUCUGUUUGUGUCACUGACAACUACAAUUUUUUGUGAUAUUGGCGCGUUAUUUUUUGGCAUUUUUCUGUUUCCCGCGGGCGUUUUGCACCUUUUAUAGGAGUGCGAUGGAUGAACGCAUAAUAGAAUUUGUAAGGGACAACCCAUGCAUCUACGACAAGAAGCACGGCGGCUAUAAAAACCAAUUGCAUAAAGACCGCUUGUGGCUUCAAUUUUCAAAGGAAGCAAACGUCCCAGUUGAUGUAUUGAAAAAAAAGUGGAAGUGCAUCCGCGACCGCUUCUAUCGGGUGCAUAAAAAGAAGAGCACCGAGGCUGCGUCUGGUAGUGGGCAGUUUUCGCCAGACACCAAGUUAUACAAAAACUACGACAGCCUAUUAUUCUUGCUGGAUGUAGAUUCAUCGAACACGAGCACAAUUGGAAAUUUCUUAACGGAGGAAGAAAUUCCUUUCGAUGACGAAGCAUCGAGUUCAUUUAUGAACAUAAGCGGAUUCAACUCCUCAUCGCCAGCUACUGCAGUGCCUCGGAAAAGUAAGAGCAAUGCUGUAGAAUGUGAGCUGCUUACCGCCAUGAAAAGUGUAAGAGCAUCCGUUGAGCGCAAGUCUGCUUUUCGAAUAUUUUUGGACAGCAUCGCCCUUACCGUUGAAGAAGCACAAUUGGAUGUUUCGCAGAUAUCGCAGUUACAAAUGGGUAUACUUCAACUUGUCCAAUGUGAAAUUAAUAUUUAAUUAUGCUCUUGGAUGAAAACGUGUGCAAGUUGUAUGUACGUAUUUUAAUUCUAUCGAACAUCUUUUGUAAAACAUUACUAAACCUGACUGAAAUAUGUACCUUACCAUUAAAUAUGUACCCUAAUAUGUAAUAUGUACCUUACUAUUAAAUAUGUACCCUAAUAUGUAAUAUGUACCUUACUAUUAUAUAUGUACCCUAAUAUGUAAUAUGUACCUUGGUAUACAUAUCGCUGAUUUACUAAAAGCCUGUCAAAAUUAAAGAAAAGAAUUUCUCAGGAAAGUGUUUAAAGGAAACAGAGAUUAUGACAGUCUUUUAGUAAAUAUCCUCAUGGCCAAAAUAAUAGAAGCGCGAAAUUUUUACAAUUUUUGGCCAUUUUUCUUUUGUUUGUUUAAUGUUUAUUAAUUUUUUAAAAUCUUAGAGAUUUCAUUAUUCUUUACAUUGGGUUGUAUGAAUAAAAACUAAGCAAUUGCUUUUUCUUAAA